AUGGUGCCAGACCCUCAACGUUAUACAUUUGCAACACAAUGUGCAACAGUGUAUGAUCCCGCGCACGUGGAUCAAUAUGGAGCCUCAUCCACACCUGUGUACCUGACAGCAACAUUCAAAGGCUUGCCUGGUGCCGAGUACGACUACACCCGAGUAUCGAAUCCAUCACGCUCCGUACUCGAGAAUCAUCUAGCGAAGCUAGAAGGUGCGAAGCAUGCUUAUGCCGUCUCUUGCGGCAUGGCAUGCCUUGACGUUAUUAUGCGCAUGGUGGGCCCUGGCGAGCGAGUGAUGGCCGGCGACGAUCUGUAUGGAGGUUCGAAUCGCUUACUUGAGCUGCUUAAGAAACAGAUGAAUAUUCAGGUCGACAACAUUGAUACAUCAGACCCAAUUGAAGUCGAGCGCGCUCUCUCGCAGCGUGCAAAGGAACAUGCAGAAGGACAUGGCGCUCGGGUGGCCCUCGUGCUGCUGGAGUCACCGACAAAUCCCAUGAUCAAAAUUGCUGACCUCCCAUAUUGUGUUAGGCUGGUGCGGAAAUAUGUACCAGAGGCCUUGGUUGUCGUCGACAACACGAUGCUGUCGCCCUACCUGAUGCGUCCUUUGGACUUUGGCGUUGAUAUCGUAUACGACUCAGCGACCAAGUAUCUGAGUGGACACCAUGAUAUCAUGGCAGGUGUCAUUGCUUGCAACCGAGACGAUCUGGCGGAGAAGAUGUUUUUCACGAUCAAGUCCGUGGGGAAUGGCCUCGCGCCACUCGAUUGUUUUCUUUUGCUGCGUGGCGUCAAGACACUAGCUUUGCGCAUGGACAGGCAACAGUCCUCAGCCAUGCAGGUUGCAACAUAUUUGGACGGCCUAGGAUUCAAAGUCCGUUACCCGGGUCUUCGGUCGUUCCCUGGGCACGUAGCUCAUAUGCGGCAGGCACGCGGCCCCGGCGGUGUCCUAAGCUUCGAGACUGGAUGUACACCCAUGUCAGAGAAGAUCGUGGCCGCUACCAAACUUUGGGGUGUCAGCGUAAGUUUCGGCUGCGUGAACAGCCUCAUUAGUAUGCCAUGCCAGAUGUCCCAUGCGAGCAUUGAUCCAAAGGUGCGUGCAGAGCGAGGCUUGCCAGAGAACCUUAUCCGGCUGUGUGUGGGCAUCGAGGAUCCAUCCGAUUUGCUUGCCGACUUGCACCAUGCGCUAUUGUCAGCCGGUGCAAUCGAAGAGGAGCCGCAUCACAGUGGUUCAUUCAGGCGCGUGCCUGUGAAAGACGAGAUGGAGUUGUUCCGUGCAAAACUCUUGGCACGGAAGCCCUCGUCAGCACCCAAAAGGACUACGACACUCACAGUCAGUGCACCGGGGAAAGUCAUCUUGUUUGGUGAGCACGCUGUCGUGCACGGCGUAACGGCUGUUGCGGCAGCGACCGCGCUACGAUGUUAUGGACGUGUGACGCCAAGCAAACAAGGCAUGGUGUCCCUGAGUAUGCCUGACAUUGCACUCGAGCAGCACUGGGACCAAGCGGCCCUGCCAUGGUCUCUGUAUGACACAUCCCGCAAAUUGGAUACACUUGAUCCACAGCUGCUGGAAGCGUUAUCGAUGCUUGUGUCGCCAGCAUAUCCACGAGAUGACCGUCGCUAUGCAGCUUCACUCGCAUUUCUGUACCUAUACAUGCACCUCGCGCAGAACGAUGCGCUGGGUCAGGCAUUUGAGUUGCGCUCAUCCCUGCCGAUCAGCGCAGGCCUCGGCAGCAGUGCUGCCGUGUCAACAUGCCUUGCAUCGCUUUUGCUGUACACGCACAUGCACUUGCCUCUUCCGGAUCUGCAUGAGCCGAUGCCUAAGCUGCAUACGAAAUAUAUCAAUACGUGGGCAUAUGUGGCUGAAAAGGUAAUCCAUGGUGAGCCAUCGGGGGUUGACAAUACGGUUGCAACGCUCGGUGGUGCCGUAGCCUUUACACGCGCGCUUCCAACAAAUCACCUAACGGAAAACGAACUCGUACCCAUGAAUCUGGAUGCUGUCCGUGUCCUCAUCACGGAUACGCAUGUCAUUCGGAACACGAAGGACCUCGUAGCCAAAGUGAGCGCUCAAAAGAACGAAGAGCCUGUGCGAGUGGAAGCGGCAUUUGCAAUGAUCCAGCACCUGAGCACACAGGCACAGGCAUUGCUUCGUGAUAGCACACUGAGCCGUCGUCAUCUUGUCGAAAGGCUGAGCGUGCUGAUGGAUCUGAACCACCUACAACUCGUUCAACUCGGCGUCGGACAUUCGGCACUGGAAAAUGUGCGCAGGCUCUGUGCUGAGCGAAGGCUCUGUGCGAAACUAACGGGAGCUGGUGGCGGUGGUUGUGCGAUUACAUUACUAGACGACCAAGUGGACGAGUCCACUGUGCAACAGCUAACACAUGCCAUGCGUGCACAGGGCUUUACUACGUACGAGACUCAGGUUGGUGGACCUGGUGUCGGAGUCCUUGUACAUCCGAAUGAGUACGCCUCAACUCUCGGCACUGAUGCUGCUUGGGCCAACAAUGCCGGCAUCUGGGUGUACGCCUAG